GGGAUCUCGGAGGCAGUCGGAGGUCGGAGCGGGAUCUGGAUCUGGAUCUGGAUCGGGGGUUCCGGGGAGAUGCUGUCCCCACCGAGGAGAUGGAUCCGAGACAAGCAUCCGAGCUCUUUGGUCGCGUUCAUGAGGAGAUGGGUGUGCAACCGGCGCCACUCUCUGUCCGUCCUGCUCAUCCUGCUGGUGGUCUGCAUUGCCAUUCAGACCUUUGUCGCCCGCCAGGCCAGGAACGACAAGAUGGCGUUCUCUGUUAAAGAGAUUUCCACUCUGGGGAAAGGCUGGGCCGUCCACCAGUAUGAGUCUUCAGCAGGAGCGAAGCAGGACAUGAGAGCUUCAGCUCCUCAUCAGAAUAAAGAGCCAUCGGACAAAAGCAUCAACAGAAGGGUGGAUGAGACGCUUCAUCUCACUACUGAAUCUGACACAGAGGAAAAAAAUGUUUUACCAGAGUAUCCGCCUCGGCCAAAACUUGGAAACAAGCCAGGCGUCGGACUUCCAGGGCCUCUGCUGUCCCACAAUGCCAGGAAAGAAGUGAAUGGAGCAGACAACAGGAUCCUCAUCAAGACUCACUUAAACAUCACGAAACCCAGCUGCAGCCCCAAGUCCCACGUCGUUUUCCUCAAGACGCACAAAACAGCCAGCAGCACUAUCUUAAACAUCCUGUAUCGCUAUGGCGACAGCAGGAACCUGACCUUCGCGCUGCCGCUCAACAAGCACAGCCAGCUGUUCUACCCGUUCCUCUUCGCCUCGCACUUCGUGGAGGGAGUCAGCAGCCGGAGGGUGACGGAGUUUCAUAUCAUGUGCAACCACAUGAGGUUCAGAAAGCCUGAGGUGGCCAAAGUGAUGCCUCGGGACACCUUUUACUUUUCCAUCCUGCGACAUCCUGUGACAAUGAUGGAGUCUUUAUUCAUCUACUUCAAGAGCAUCCCGGCCUUCCACAAGAGUCCCAGCCUGGACAGCUUUCUCGACGUCAACUGGAAGAACUUCAACUUCUCGGUGAAUAAUAACCACUACGCUCACAACAUCCUGGCUUUUGACUUCGGUUUCGACAACAACGUGACGGCCGCCACCACGGAUCUGGAGAAGAGGGUUGCCGCGGCUAUCCAGGGCAUAGAGCGGGAUUUCAACCUCAUUCUUAUCUCUGAAUACUUCGAGGAGUCCAUGAUCUUGCUCAGGCACGCCCUCUGCUGGUCCCUGGAAGACGUGGCGUCUUUUAGGCUCAACAGUCGCAGUGAAAAAACCCGUCGGUCCCUCAGUCCAGAGACGGCGGAGAAAAUCAAACACUGGAACGCCUUAGACUGGAGGAUCUACCUGCACUUCAACGCUACUUUCUGGCACAAAGUGGAUACCAUGAUCGGGAGAGAAAACAUGAAAAGAGAAGUGUCCGAACUCAGAGAGAUUCAGGCCAGGCUGGCAAAGACUUGUCUGAAAGGCGGGCAGGCGGUCGAUCCAUCACAAGUUAAAGACGUCGGGCUGAAGCCGUUCCAGUACGGCGCCGCUGUCAUUCAGGGAUAUAACCUCAACCCAAAUUUAGACAGAGACACCAAAGCAAAAUGUCAAAGACUUAUAACUCCAGAGCUGCAGUACACAGACCACCUCUACUACAAGCAGUUUCCAGAUAAGUACCGGCCAGCGGUAAAAAAACCUAAUUCAGGAAGGACUGCCGUGAUGGGGAUGGUGAAAAAGAGGGUGGUCCGUCACAGAAAUACCAUCAGGAAAACUUACCUACAUCCCAAACAACGAAAGACUUCCAUCAGUCCCCGGUCGACGCCCGAAGACGACGAAGACGAAACGAACAUGCCGUGAGAGAGAACUGCGACAUCUCUGAGAUGUGGUACCUGUGUCUGUUCAGUCUGAGAGAUAUCAAGGAAAAUGUCCUGUUACAGGUUUGAGAAGGAGCUGGUGGCCCAGUAGAGGAAGUAGUGUCCAUCAAAACCCAAAGCAUACAUGAACAAACAGCAUGCUCUGAAUCGAAGACAGGUAAUAACAGGUAAUAACUUUAUGACAGCUGAAGCCGAGCAUCUGUCAGCAGAUUUGAUCUAAAUUUCUGGAAUAUUAAUAUUUUAUCCUCAGAUUGAUGUUCAAAAACAGGGGUGUCAAACACAUUUUAGCUCAGUGGCCACAAACAGCCCGAUUUCAUCCUGAGUGAUCCGGACCAGUAAAAUCGUGCAUUGACAACCUUCAAAUGUAAAAUUUAAAGUGUUUUUUUUGGUAUACACAGAGUAUACGUGAUCAAAAUGUCGAUAUUUUUGCAACAAUCUAACAAUUACAACUGACAGUUACAACAAUCUCAACAAAAAAAACAAUCCUGAUGAUAUCUUCUGGUAGAAAAUUGCGUGAAAUGUCAAAAACUUUCUCCUGUAGCUGUUACAUUAUGUAUGUUUUUACAAACUCACCCUGACAGAAACAAGGUAGCUGUCAUUCAAGGCAGCUUCACGAUAUCUCAGCUCGGGUAAGACAUUUUUUGCUGUUAAUCUCUGUUCCUUGACACUUUUUACAAUGUUCUUGGUGGUUUGUUGGCCUGGAUUGGAUCAGUUCUGGCCCACGGGCCUGAUGUUUGACGCCCCCUUGUUAAUUAAUGCAAUCACAAAGGAAUUGAUUUGCCUCCCGUAGUCAAGGUAAAGUUUAAAUUUGCUCCAGUUUGUCUAAAUUUGCAUUCAGUGUAUUUGAAAAGGCUGUGUUACACUGAGCCAUAACACACUUUUCUCUCUGCUGUUCGGAUCUGCUUAUUGGUCCAUUGUGAGGUGGUUGGGAGAUUAUGAAAUUCAUAUUUAUUUCUGGGCACACAAGGUUCACUCUCAGACUCUCCUUGUUCUGUGAAAAACACUCUGCUGUUCCAAAUGGAGUUUUCUACACAGACAGUUUCUAAGAUAAAACAGGUUUUGAAGGGAUUUUGAUGUUGUUCUCACAUCACCUUAUACUGUAUACAUAUAUUUGCGUCGACCAUGAGAGACUGGGUGCUGGUGAAAUGUGAAUAUCUGAUGAAAUCUGUUUCUAAUUUAUGCUUCUAUUUUGUUUCUGAUUAGGGCAAAAAUGUAAAUGUUUGAUGGAAGAAACAUUGAAGAUCUUGUACUUUGCCUCAGUUAGUUAGACAUACUUCAAUCAACCAGAGCAACAGGGAGCAUGAAUAUAAGCACUGUACCUGAAAAAUCUACAUCCAGGAGCUGUACAGCUAGAUUUCCACUCAGUCGUAUUAUUCCCCGUGUGUGGGACCUGCAUUCCAUUACAUCUGAAUGACGGCGGGGUAAUUCGACCAGUUAAGAGUAACAGUGAAGGCUGAAUAGGACUUUUGUUAUCAGGUUACAAGAAUAAAGACGCUCAUUCUGUUCUCCAAAGGUUUCCUGGUUUCGAUUCGGGCAAAGAGAGCGACAGGUGAGGUUGAGGCAAAGGCCUUGUUUUGGUUCCACUGGAUCUCCAACUGGAUCGUUUCUGGACUUUCUCGGUUCCCGAGCUGAACAGAUUAAUUCAUCUCAUCUUUCGUGAUGGACAUCGGGUUUGUGUUUUGCCUGUGAUCAUUUCCAUUGACUCUAAAGGUCACAAUAAGGGUCAGUUUUCCAGCUGUCACUAAUAAUGUUGCAUUGCAAUACCAGUCCGAGUUCUGAUAGAUACAAACAUUUUUGGCCCCGUUUACACAACACUAGUUUUAAGUUGAAACAGAAAUUGGGGGCUGAUGAGUUUAAAUCUUCCCUGCUAUCUCAUUAUUGAUCAGUGUUAGAACCAGCUUUGAUAUGAUGUAGAUACAGGAAAGGUUCCUGUGUGUGGAAUGGGAGUCAUAAAGGUAGAUGUGUGCUCUUUGGUUUAAUGGGAUACAAGUUUUCUGCAUUUGAUUUUGAACUGGGUGAUGGAAAAAUCUGAAUGUUUUUUACUACCACAGCUUGGUCUCUGUGAGACUAUCGUAUGAGGUGAAUGGUCACUUUUAGGCCACUAGAGGUCACAGAAGGUCAGAUUUGCUAAUGCUACAGAGCUCUGCAGGAUAAAAGAGGAAGUUGUGGUCUUUUCACUGGUUGUCUGUUGGGUUUUUCAUUGGAAUUUUCUUCACAUUUUUCUUUAUACUUGUGGAAAUAAAGACCUGAACCGGU